AUGUUCCUCGUUAUCGAGUCGGAUCUCAGUCACAAUCAAAUCGCAAUGAUUGGGCCAAAAACUCUGAGGGGGGUGUCUGCUUUGAAGCACUUAUUACUUGAUAAUAAUGUACUGACGUGCAUUGACGAAAGUGCUAUUAGAGAACUGAAAGACUUGGAAAUUCUAACAUUGAACAACAACAAACUAACAACCCUUGGGAAAGAGAUGUUAUUUGGUUUAGCGCGAUUGCGUACCUUGAAACUCACGGACAACUUUCUAGUUUGUGACUGUCAUCUAGCCUGGCUGUCACGCCAUCUAAAGAGUGUUCCGCGGCUUGGACAGCAUACGAAAUGUGCCGCGCCGGCUCAUCUCAAGGGACAGAAUCUCGUCGAUUUGCAAGAGCACGAGUUCAAGUGCCCAGGCCUUGUAGAAGUUCGGACUGGAUCCGAGUGUACUGCUGAACCUCAGUGUCCACAUCCGUGCAGAUGUGCCAAUGGAAUUGUCAAUUGUCGCGAGAGUUCUUUGGAAAAAGUACCAACUCAUCUCCCUGAGGACACCACUGAAUUGCGGCUUGAGCAAAAUAGCAUUACGGAAAUUCCGCCGAAGGCGUUCUCACCUUAUAGAAAAUUAUCGAGAAUUGAUUUAAGUAAUAAUAAAAUAAAAAAAGUUGCUGCUGACGCUUUCCAUGGAUUAAAGUCUCUUGAAUCUCUAGUAUUGUACGGUAAUCAAAUAACCGAACUACCUGGUGGAGUAUUCCAAGGACUAACUAGUUUGCAAUUACUUCUACUAAAUGCCAACGAUAUUUCCUGUAUACGUACCGAUCUAUUUCGUGACCUCACCAGUUUAACAUUGCUAUCACUCUACGAUAAUAACAUUAAAUCACUUGCCAAUGGAACUUUUGCCAAUCUGCGUAGCAUCAGAACACUACAUUUAGCGAAAAAUCCGUUUAUUUGCGAUUGCAACUUACGGUGGCUGAGCUUGUAUCUCCACGAGCAUCCAAUCGAAACAUCCGGGGCUAAAUGUGAAUCUCCCAAACGAGCUGCUAAGCGAAAGAUUGACGUUAUGCGGGACGAAAAGUUCAAAUGUAAGGGUGACGAAAAGUUACUGACCAAGAGAGCCGGUGAGUGUAUUCUACCAGGAGCUUGUCCAUCACCUUGUACGUGCAACGGAGCAACUGUAAAUUGUUCUGAUAAAAAACUUACGUCGAUUCCUCGAGAGUUGCCGAUUUACACAUCAACACUAUUAUUGGGGAAUAAUGAGAUUGAAAAAAUCAAAGCCGAUAGUCUGUUUGAAAAGCUCCCAGAAUUACAACACUUAGAUCUUCGAAGAAAUAAAAUUACCAGAAUAGAAGCGUCUGCUUUUAAAGGAGCUCAUCAACUUACUGAACUGCUCUUGUCUGACAAUAAACUAAGAGAAGUUCACGAUAAGAUGUUCACAGGGCUGGUUAACUUGAAAACUUUAAACUUGAGCGGUAAUGCAAUAACUUGUGUGAUGCCGAGUUCAUUCGAGGGUCUAGCUCACAUUCGCGAAAUCAACAUGCAAGGCAAUCCUUUAUCAUGCAAUUGUCAUCUGGCGUGGUUCGCCGAGUGGUUGAGAACUCGCGACAUUCCAGGCGUCAUUGGACGAUGCCACGAUCCUCCGAGAUUGAAGGACGCCCACGUUAAAGAUAUUCCGCGUCACGAGUUCAAAUGCAACAGUGAUAGUGUCGGGUGUCUCGGUGACGAUUACUGCCCACCGCGAUGUCACUGUGCAGGAUCAGUGGUAAGCUGCUCCAGAUCACAUCUAACGGAAAUACCCCGUGGCAUCCCACCAGAGACCACUGAACUGUACCUUGACGUAAAUGACAUAAAAACGAUUCAACCCGAGAGACUUAGCCACUUGAGGAUGCUGACAAGAUUGGACUUGAGUAACAACCAGAUUGUUAUGCUGGCGAAUGACACCUUCAAGAAUUUAACUAAAUUAUCUCACCUGAUAAUAAGCUACAACAAACUCCAGUGUGUACAGAAAGAUUCUUUAGCAGGACUCAAAUCUUUAAGGAUAAUUUCUCUUCAUGGAAAUGAAAUUUCUACGAUACCCGAAGGAACAUUUGAUGAUCUGAAGGCAAUAACGCAUGUGGCAUUGGGUUCGAACCCGCUCUACUGCGAUUGUCACAUGCGUUGGCUAGCAGAAUGGGUGAAAAAAGACUCAGAUGUUGAGCCUGGCAUCGCACGAUGUAUGGAGCCGCUGGCGAUGAAAGAAAAGUUGCUUUUGACAGCUCCUGCAAGCGCCUUUGUUUGCAAAACCAAACAACAACCUGCCGAGGUCUUGGCCAAGUGCGAUGUGUGUUACACCUACCCAUGUCAAAACAGUGGAUUAUGCGAGGCACUACAGGACAGGGAAUUCUAUUGCAAGUGCUCGCCAGGAUAUCACGGGGACCGGUGUCAACAUAAAAUUGACGCGUGCUAUGGAAAUCCUUGCCGGAACGCCGGAACUUGUAAAGUACUGGAAGAAGGAAGAUUCAGUUGCGACUGCGCCCCCGGAUACGAGGGACUCAGAUGUGAGAACAACGUCGACGACUGCGCAAACAACAAGUGCGCCAACAACUCAACCUGCGUGGACCUCGUUCAGGCCUACAGAUGCGACUGCGCACCGGGAUUCAUGGGAGAAUACUGCCAAACGAAAAUCCCAUUUUGCACAAAAGGACACGACCCAUGUGAGAACGGAGGCCGCUGUGUUGACCACCGGACCCACUACAGUUGUGAAUGCCCAAUCGGGUUCAGUGGCCUUAAUUGUUCCACCAAUUUGGAUGAUUGUGUCGAUCAUCUCUGCCAGAACGGUGCUACUUGCAUCGAUGGCAUAAACAAUUACGAAUGUAAGUGCCCGGCAGAAUACACAGGAAGGUAUUGUGAAGCGGCGCCUUCGACAGCUUUACUUUAUCCGCAAACAAGCCCGUGUGCUCAUCAUGAUUGUCAACACGGCGUUUGCUUCCAACCUUCUUCUGAUUCUGCUGCGGGUUAUCUUUGCCAGUGCCAUCCCGGUUACACUGGAAAACGAUGCGAGUACCUGACGAGCCUGAGCUUCGUGGACAAUAGCUCGCUGGUCGAGCUAGAGCCGCUUCGCACGAAGCCCGAGGCUAAUGUGACCAUCGUCUUCACAACCACUCACGAAAAUGGGGUUUUACUCUACGAUGGUAUAGAACAGAGUGGUGAACAUAUUGCAGUUGAACUAUUUAACGGUCGAGUACGAGUUUCAUAUGACGUUGGAAACUAUCCAACCUCCACGAUGUACAGCUACGAAAUGGUCUCAGAUGGAAAGCCACAUAUGGCCGAGCUUAUAGCAAUAAAGAAAAAUUUUACUCUGAGAGUAGAUCGAGGACUUGCUAGGAGCAUUAUCAAUGAAGGUACUAGGGAAUAUCUCAAGCUCAAUACCCCGAUGUACGUCGGUGGUGUACCAUCUGAAGUUGCCAGCAACGCAUUCUCACAAUUUCACCUCAGAAAUGUCACCAGUUUUCAAGGUUGCAUAUCAGGAAUGUGGAUAAAUCAUAAAUCAGUGGACUUUAGCAACGCUGCGAAGAUGCAUCGCGUGACUCCCGGAUGUGCUUCUGGGGAAGAGGAAGCCGAUGAAGCUGGGAAGGAUAUAGAAGCAGCUGAAUCUAAUAAUAGUGGUAACAUUGAAGACUCCAUGCAGCAUGAACACGUUGUGCAUGAUAAUUCAGAUACCGUUGUAUCAGUACCAGGCGCAAGUAUUAUCGAUCCUUGUACAGGUCACGAAUGCCACAAAGGCUCACAAUGUGUACCAUCUCUGUUCGGAAAUGGUUACUCUUGUCGGUGUCAGACUGGCUGGCAAGGACGAUAUUGCGAGAAAGCGCCAACUUGUCGUAAAGAACAUACCAGAGAGUAUUACAGCGAAAAUGGAUGCCGCAGCAGACGUCCAGUUAAAUUAGCCAAAUGUUGGGGCAGUUGUGGUAAUUCAUGUUGCCUUCCGCGAAAAACUAAGCGUCGUAAGGUCCGCUUGAUUUGUACCGAUGGAAAACGCUACACGAAAGAUGUUGACUUAAUACGUAAAUGUACGUGCACACGUAAAUGCUAUUAG